AUGGAGGGGUCGGUGCAGGAUGGAAGUGAGUCCCCAGAUGCCCAGGGUCAUGCCACUGACUGGAGGUUUGCUGUGUGCAGUUUUGGGGAAGCCUGGGAGGAGGAGGAACCACCUGCUCUCCAGAUGCAGGUUCCAGACCCCAUUCCUCCAAGAACCAUGGUGGAGGCGGCCCUGGACUCAGGGCUUCAGUUACCCCCAGAACAAACAGUGUCUGCUUCAGGCCACUCAGAAGAGCCGGCUCCCUCGGGCGUGGAGAGCCUGUUACUCCCCAUGUCAUCCAUGCUCAGCCUGGCACAGGGUGAGGGUGCCAGCCCCGAGAGUGGCUGGACAGGGAACUCAGGCCAGGUCAGGGUAGUGCCAGCUGGCCUGGGCCCUGGGGUAUUGGACGGUGCUUCUGUGGACCUUGGCGACCCUUCGGUAGAGACCUCACCAAAGCUGCUGGAGGCAGAUUCCAGUGACUCCGGUCCUGCUAAGCUUCCUGAUGGCCUCCUGGCCCAAGACCUGACCCAGGAGCUGUUGGCCAGUGGCAUGGCAGCCUUGCCAGGGACCCGGGAUGUAGAAGGCCGAGCUGUGCUGCUUCUCAGUGCCCACACCCCCACCUGGAGUCACCCCCAGUGCAGCAGCCACGAACUCACCCGCCUCCUGCUCUACUUGCAGAGCAUCCCUAGACCCCAUGUGCAGGCCUUGGGUCUGACGGUGCUAAUCGAUGCUCGGAUGUGUUCCCCAAGUUCUUCCCUCUUCUGGGGACUCAGCCAGCUACAGGAUACAAUCCCAGGGUCCGUGUAUCGUGUACUGCUAGUAGGAAAGAUGCCAGAGGAGGCGCCAUCAGAGCUGCGGCUGGUGCAGGUGCCCUCCCGCCAGAGCCUGCUGACGCACUUCCCCUCUGCAGGGCUUCCCAUUGCAAUGGGAGGGUGCCUGCCGUAUUCCCACCAGGCCUGGGUGGAUUUCCGGAUGCGCCUGGAAGCCCUAGUGCAGAGCUGCCAGGGGGUAUGUGCCACACUGCAGAGAGCCAUCGAGAGCGUGAAGGCUGUGCCCCAGCCUGUGGAGUCUGGGGAAGCUGAUGGCCUGCUGCAGCAAAUGAGGGUCUUGAUGCAGCAGGUGCUAGACUCACCACAGCUGGCCUGGCUGCAAUGCCAGGGGGCUGUGGAGCUGGCAUGGCUGAAGCACGAGGGCCCAGGCGUGACCCUGAGCCCAGACUACAGGCCAGCUAUGGACAAGGCUGAGGAGCUCUAUGGCUGUGUGGACAGACUGCUGCACCAGCUGACCCUUCAGAGCAACCAGCGAAUACAGACCCUGGAGUUGAUACAGACAUUGGAGGCCCAGGAGGGCAGGCUGCACCAGAUUGAAGUAUGGCUACAGCAAGUGGGCUGGCCAGCCCUGGAGGAGCCCAGGGAGCCCUCACUGGACAUGCUGCUGCAGGCCCAAGGCCCUUUUCAGGAGCUGGACCAAGUGGCUCAAGAGCAGGUCAGGCAAGGGGAGAAGUUCUUGCAGCUGCUGGCUGGCUGUGAGGCGGGCAACCUGGGUCCUCUAGGGGCACGCUUUCUGGCCCUGCGGGCCCAGCUGAGUGAAUUCUCACAGGCUCUGGCCCAGCGGCGCCAGCGGCUGGCAGAUGCCGAGAGGCUGUUUCAGUUCCUCAAGCAGGCCUCGACGUGGGCUGAGGAGGGACAGCAGGUGCUGGCUGAGCUGGAGCAGGAGCACCCAGGGGUCGUGUUACAGCGGCUGCAACAGCACUGGACCAAGCACCCUGACUUGCCUCCUGCCCACUUCCGAAAGAUGUGGGCCCUGGCCACAGGGCUGGGUUCAGAGGGCAUUCGCCAGGAGUGCCGUGGGGCCUGGACACGCUGCCAGGACACAUGGCUGGGCCUGGACCAGAAGCUAGAGGCUGCGCUGAAGUCAGCACCCAUGGACAGCACAGCUAGCUUGGGUGCCAGCCGGCUCUCCACUGUACCUGCCGUCCCUCCCCUGAGGAAAGCCUACAGCUUUGACCAGAAUUUGGGGAAACGGUUCAGUGAGCCUGGCCACUACUGCCCCCGUGUGGCCAUUGUCCCUGCCUGCCGGAGGACAGAGGCUGAAGGAGGUGGCCAGCCCAAGUCAUCCACAUUGCCUCUACCAGGCCCUGGCUGUGACCACCCCAGGAACCCUAACAGGCUACAGAUGGUGCUGGCAGAGAUGGUGGCCACGGAGCAGGAGUAUGUCCGGGCUCUUGACUACACCAUGGAGAACUACUUCCCGGAGUUGGACCGCCCUGAUGUGCCCCAGGGCCUGCGUGGUCAGCGUGCCCACCUCUUUGGCAACUUGGAGAAGCUUCGGGACUUCCACUGCCAUUUCUUCCUGCGCGAGCUAGAAGCAUGCACACGGCACCCACCCCGCGUGGCCUACGCCUUCCUGCGCCACAGGGUGCAGUUUGGGAUGUAUGCACUCUACAGCAAGAAUAAACCUCGCUCAGACGCCCUGAUGACCAGCUAUGGCCAUGCCUUCUUCAAGGACAAGCAGCAAGCACUGGGGGACCACCUGGACUUGGCCUCCUAUCUACUGAAGCCCAUCCAGCGCAUGACCAAGUACGCGCUGCUGCUGCAGGAGCUGGCACGGGCCUGUGGGGGACCUCUGCAGGAGCUCAGUGCCCUGCGAGCAGCUCAGAGCCUUAUACACUUCCAGCUGCGUCAUGGCAACGACCUGCUGGCCAUGGAUGCCAUCCAGGGCUGCGACGUUAACCUCAAAGAGCAGGGGCAGCUAGUGCGUCAGGAUGAGUUCAUGGUGCGUGCUGGGCGCCACAAGUCCCUGCGUCGUGUCUUCCUCUUUGAGGAGCUGCUGCUGUUCAGCAAGCCUCGCCGGGGGCCUGCAGGUGUUGACACAUUUACGUACAAGCGCUCCUUCAAGAUGGCUGACCUUGGCCUCACUGAGUGCUGUGGCAAUCACAACCUGCGCUUUGAGAUCUGGUUCCGCCGGCGCAAGGCCAGGGACACCUUUGUGCUUCAGGCCUCCGACCUGGCCACCAAGAAGGCCUGGACAGCUGACAUCUCACGCCUGCUCUGGAGACAGGCCGUCCACAAUAAGGAGGUGCGCAUGGCUGAGAUGCUGUCCAUGGGUGUGGGGAACAAGGCCUUGCGGGAUAUCGCCCCCAGUGAGGAAGCCAUCAGCAACCGCAGCAUCAACUAUGUCCUCAAGUGCCGAGAAGUUCGCUCUCGUGCCUCCAUUGCUGUAGCCCCGUUUGAUGACGACAGCCCCUAUAUGGGGGCCUCGAGCACCCUACCCGGAGAUCCUGCCUCCUGUUCUGUCCUGGGGCCCCUCAACCUGCACCUGUAUAGAGACCCAGCUCUUCAGAGCCCCCACUGGCCCCUGUAUCCCCCAAACUUCCCAGAGGAAGCACUGCUGGAAGCUGAAGCGGAGCUGGGCAGCCAGCCCUCCCUGACUCCUGAGGACUCGGAGGUCUCCUCACAGUGCCCAUCAGCCAGUGACUCCAGUGGCUCCGAUAGCAGCUGUGUGUCAGGGCAGACCCUGGGCAGGGGUCUUGAGGACUUAUCCUGUGUGAGUGCCACUUUGCCCUAA